CUGGUUGCGAGAAGAAUGGUCGCACGCAACAUUCGAGCUAUCCGCAGUGUUUUGAAUCCGGGGACGAUCAGGUUCACUAUCUCAGAUAUGGAUGCUACAGAUCAAAUUCGACUAAUAAAUAAUGCGCAGCGUAUUGAUGGUAUUUUGGUAUCUGCUAUGUGUUUUUCAGAAGUUUACGAAAGUGAUCCGAUACGAUUGAGAGGCGAAGCCGCACUUGUUCUCUUAGAAACUUUGUCAGGAGAACAUAUCACUUACUUUGAUAAUUGUUCUCCAGAUUCGAUCGAAACAGAUCCAGAAGAAACCAACUUGUGCUUUUUACUCUUCGGCUUCAACAGUGGUGCUCAUCUUUCCGGUCAACUGUUUGACAUCGAUGCUCCCCCUACGGGAUUUCACCAAGUUCUUUCCAUUUUGGAACAGUUCAUUGCUGCUCCAGACCCAUUCCAGCUGCAGUUCUCAGCUUUGAUUGAGCCUGUUUUCCGGCUGCUGGUAUGUUUCAAAGUUUCUAAUUACAAGUUAUAA